UCCAGAACAUCAUCCAUUUUGAGCAGAACUAAGAAGAAUGUGUCCAGGAGGAAUGUUGCCAGAGAGCUACUGUGCACCAUAAACUGUAAAACACCUCAGAGUAUUCUGCUGGAUACCCUGUCUUCCAAAUACAAGUUGGAUUGUGAUCGAUUUGAGAGUUGAUGGUUGCCAAUAAGGAAAUGUGCAAUAUGGCAAAAAGAAUAAUACUGGUCACCAAUAUAUUCUUUCAGUAUUUUGUCUUGACAAUAACCUUCUGCACUCAUAUUCAACCUUCUGUGGAAAAUGGUUUGACAACAAAUUAUUCUCACAGAUUCCUAGCUUCGAUCCCUAAAAAUGUGCCAGCUCAAACCACUGUACUGGAUUUGUCAUAUAACAGCAUUUCUGAAAUUUGGAUUUCUGAUUUCAGAUCUCUUUCCAAGAUGCAAACACUUAAUCUGUCUCAUAACUUAAUCAGAGAACUUGACUUCAAUAUUUUCCAAUGCAAUGAAACCUUAGAACAUUUAGAUCUGUCCCACAACCACUUGCAAACAGCUUCUUGCCAUCCUAUCACAAGUCUCAAGCAUCUGGAUCUGUCUUAUAAUAACUUUUCAGACAUACCUCUGUGCUCUGAGUUUGGUACAAUGUUGAAUCUGAAAUACCUUGGUCUCAGUGUGAAAAAAAUACAGAAAUCAAAUUUUAGGUUUCUUGCUCAUUUACAACUCAAUACUCUGGUCUUGGACUUAGAAGGCCUCUCUGAAUAUGGUUCUGGAAUUCUAGUCUUCAACACAAAGAAUCUUCAUAUUAUAAUGCCUUCAAACAGUGAUUUCCAUGUGCUGUCAGAUCUAGAAAUCAAUGCUACAGAAAGCUUAGAUUUGUCCAAUAUCCAUGAGAAACACAUCAUUGACUUAUGUACUUUCUUACCGAAUGGUAAUAAAAAUGCAUCAUUACUAAACCUAACAUUACACAAUAUACAGUGUGACUGGAAAGGUUUGAUGUACAUUCUUCAGACUGUAUGGGAAUCGACCAUUGAACAUUUAGUUAUCUCCAAUGGAGGACAGAUGGAUGUUCCAGAAACAUUUAAGUUUAAUCACACUGACACUUCACUCAGGUCUUUGACAAUUAAGCAGACUACGUUCACAACAAUUUAUUCUGAACCAACACCUAUGUAUAGACUGUUUGCAAAUAUGAAUAUUACAGCCUUGACCAUUUCUGAUGCGGGUUUGAUAUACAUGCUUUGUCCUUCCCAAUACAGUCAUUUUAAAUACUUAGAUUUUUCAAAUAAUAGCUUAACAGAUGCUCUUUUUGAAAGCUGCAACAACCUCACUCUUCUUCAAAGCCUUAUUCUACAAAGAAACAAGUUCAAAAAUCUUAUGGGAGUAAGUUUAAUGACCAGUCCCAUGAAAGCUCUGAAAUAUUUGGACAUGAGCAAGAAUCUGCUACAGUACAAAGACAAUAGGAAUAAAUGCCACUGGGGAGAAAACCUACUUAAACUGAACCUGUCAUCUAACAUGUUGUCAGAGUCUGUCUUUAGAUGUUUGCCACUCAAUAUUCAAAUACUUGAUCUUCACAGUAACAAUAUCUUAACCAUUCCCAAAGAUAUAAUGGAGCUGAGGGCUUUAGAAGAAAUUAAUUUGGCAUCCAAUAAACUAGCUGAUCUGCCUGGAUGUCUUCAGUUCAGAAGUCUGAGAUUACUGAACAUAGAAAUGAACUCACUCACCUCACCAUCGUCAGAGUUCUACCAUUCCUGUCAGAGCCUCAAGGAGCUAAAAGCAGGACACAAUCCAUUCAAGUGCUCCUGUGAAAUAAGACAGUUCAUCAAUCUUCAAAGAAAAGGACUUCUGAAGCUGGUUGACUGGCCUGGUUCCUACUUGUGUUGGUACCCUGAAGUUUUAAGGGGAAUCCGAUUAGAAGAUUUCCAUGUGUCUGAUAUUAUUUGUAAUACAACACAACUAAUUACAGUUAUUGUAAUUGUUGUUGUUGCUGCAGUGGCACUUGUGUUUUUUCUGUGUUUCUAUUUCCAUAUCCCGUGGUAUUUGAAGAUGAUAUGGCAGUGGACACAAGUCAAACGCAGAAACUGGAAGAGUCAUCCUGAAGAUCAUCUAAACACUUUGCAGUUCCAUGCCUUUGUCUCCUACAGUGAGCAUGACUCUGAAUGGGUAAAAAAUGUCCUUAUUCCAAAUUUGGAGAAGGAAGAUGGGUCCAUCCGGAUCUGCCAACAUGAAAGGAACUUUGUGGCAGGGAAGAGCAUUGUUGAAAACAUCAUAGACUGUAUUGAGAAAAGUUACAAGUCAAUCUUUGUGUUGUCUCCCAAUUUUGUGCAGAGCGAAUGGUGUCAUUAUGAGCUCUACUUUGCCCAUCACCAGUUAUUCAGUGAAGAUGGUUAUGGUUUAAUCCUUAUCUUGUUAGAGCUUAUCCCUACCUAUGUCAUUCCUGCCAGAUAUCACAAACUGAAAGCCCUGAUGGCCAAGAGAACCUAUUUGGAGUGGCCAAAGGACAAGAGCAAGCAGGGACUUUUCUGGGCUAACCUCAGAGCAGCCAUUCAGAUUAAGCUCCCUAAAAAUGAGGAAAUAAAUUGAGGAGCUGUAGAUAAGUCAGAUGUUGUUAUCCGAUGUACUACAUGAAAUAAUAUAUUUUUCCUUUCAAAAAAGAUUAUUAAUCUCUAACCAUUAUUAGUCAAUUUACCAUUGUAGAAAAAUAUGCAGCAUAGAGCAGUAGUGAUGGUUUGUGGACAGAUGCUAGUAUACAAACUGUUGGCUGCUGGUCUGUGGUGAGUUUCUAUGUAAGAAAGAAAAUGCUCUAGCAUAGGCAUAGUACAGACAGCCUAAAGAGCAUUGGUGAAAUUUCAAAAGGUUAUAGAGAUUGUGUGAAAAGACCUCAAAUUAAUACAAACUUUUAAACAUUUAUCUACUAACAAUGUCAUGUUGAUAUUAAUGACAUCAAGGGAAACCAAGCAGGAGUUCCUUUAGUAGAUACUAGGGAGUGCCCCUAUUUAGGGAGACAUUAGCAGCAGAUUUUACUCAGGUUACAGGGCCCAAUGCUAUUCAACAUCUUUAUCAAUGACUAGGGUGAUGGAAUAGAGGUCACGCUCAUGAAAUGUGUAGAUGACACCAAAUUAGGAGAGGUAGCUAAUACCGUAGAGGACAGGAUCAGAUUUCAAAAUGACCUCAACAAAUUAGAAUGCUGGGCCAAAAUGAACAAAGUAAAUUUCAACUGGGAGAAGCGUAAGAUAUUACACCUGGGCAGUAAAAAUUAAAUUCCCAGAUGGGUGACACUUGGCUUGUGAAAAGGAUCGAAGGGCUUUAUCACACACAGCUUUUAAACCACAAUCCCCACAAGAGGGAAGCGGCAUAGGUGAUGCCAAUCAGAUAAUGCCAAUUCUUUCCCGUAGCUGGCCUGUCUCCCGGCCAUUUCUUUUCAUUCAUGGAGGAAACCCGUGAAUGAGCUGUCAAUAUUGUGAUGCCCUGGGUGUGCAAAGCCAUUCCUGAGGCAACCAUAUUAUUGGCAGCCACAUAAUGCCACUGUCCCCUCCUUCCCCCCCCCCUUUCCCUCCCCCUAGCUAUUUUAAUUUCCCCCCCUCUUUUUUCUGUGCAAUUGUGGAACUUCACUACCUCAAGGUUUCUUUUUUAAAAAAUUAAAACAUUCAAUCAUGGCUGCAGAGCUCCAAAACUGUGCACAAAAAGUUAAAAAUAAAAAAAAUAAAGGGAGGAAGUGCAAUGGGGACAGCAGUCCCCAGUCACGUGAAAGAAAACCAAUGUGGUAAAAGUGGCAAUAAAAGCAGUGCAUUGCCAUUUCUAUCCCCCCCCCCCCAUGAUUGCAGCGAGAAAGGGGCUGGUGUGGUAAAGACCCGAGAGUCUUAGGGAUGAAACAGACACUGCCUUUUCUGUGGUGUGUGGUGUCUAAAUGCCAUGCUGCCGGAGCUCUGCAAAGCUGUCCACCAUGCGGUUUCCUGUCGAUUUUCGGGUGUGUGUUGUCUAAACAACAUACCUCCAAGCCACCAGGAAGCUGAAGCAAAGGGGUCAUCUGUUUCACCCUUAGUGGACCUCAUGCUGAACAGGAGUCAGCAAUGUAACGUGGCAGCUAAGAAAGCCAAUGCAAUUCUAGACUGCAUCAACAGGAAUAUAAAAUCUAGAUCGACAGAAGCAAUAGUACCACUCUAUUCUGUCUUGGUCAGACCUCCCCUAGAAUACUAUGUUCUGGGCACCACAUUUCAAGGAGGAUGUUGACAAACUGGAGCAUGUCCAGAGGAUGACAGUAGAACACGCUGACUCAAAGAGUAGUGAACAUGCUCUCUCCUUAGUUGGAGGUUUUUAUAUAGAGUCUGGAUGGCCAUCUGUCAGGAUGGCUUUGAUAGUGUAUUCCUGCAUGACAGGGUUGGGACUUGUGGCUCUUAUAGUCUCUUCCAACUCUAUGAUUCUAUGACAAAGCCUUGAAGGAGUGAUAUUCUUUGAAAGCAAGUUUCUGUAACCAUAAAUGACACAGCAUUACAGCUAGCCAACAAGGGACACAAUUAAUGAUCUCAGGUGGAAAAUAUAUUCAUUUAGCUUUGGCACACAGCCAUGGGCCCAAGUAGAGUAUACACAAUGAGACACACUUAAUAUUAUAAUGAAAUCUUAACAGAUCCUAUUCAAAUAAACAAAAGGUAUCACCCCCUAGUGACACCACUGCUCUCAUUUAAUUAUAGCAUUACUGUAUUGUUUAUAUUUUAUGUGUUUUAACUGAAUUGAAUUUUAAAUUCUUUAUAUACGAUAUUGUUAUAUUUAUUUUAUGUAAAACUUUUAUAAUGCUGCUCUUACAUGUUGUAUUGUAUUUUAACAUUUUGUAUACGAAUGGCCUUGGUCUAAGCAUUAAUAAAUGACUACUGCUGAAAUUUG